UGAGUUCUUCAUAUCUUGCCUGGUUUAUAGUGAAAAAUUUUUUUGACAAAUUUAUCCCUUAUUCAUCUAAACAUGCAACUAGCAAAUCUGGGGUUAACUGUAUAAUUACUGAUAUGCAAAUAAUGUGUAUAUUAUUAAUUAUGAGCAUGAUGUGCAGAUACCAUGUUCUAACUUGUAGGAUAUAUUAAUAUAACAUAAGUGGCAUGAACACGUAGCAAGUAGGACAAGUGGUAUCUAUCUAUGAUAUCAUCAGUAUCUUCCCCGUUCGCAACUGUUCUUAUCAGAUAGAGCGCGCGCAAUCUCUCGUUUACCGGGAGAAUCGUUAUCAGUGCGAGUUUCAGUUCGUUUCGGCAUAUUACGGUGUCACAAGUGCGUACGCAUCGAAACGAGAGAUGAAUACUAAUGUUCACGCGGUGGUGCGUCGCAGCGCGCCUUGCUAUUUCUGCAACGAAUUCCUGGAGGAGAAAUACCUGACGGAACAUGUGACACACUGUGCGGCGGUCCUGGAGGAGUGCUCGAACAAAUGUGGAGUUUACGUUCCCCGCAGAAGUCUGGAGGCUCACCAGAAAUCGUGCAACAAGAAAAUGUCGAAGAGGAAUAGUCAAAUAAAGGACAUUCAAGAUUCGGUGUGGAAGGAAAAGGUGUUCUCGGUGCUAACGUUGUUACGUUUAGCUAUCGAUCAGGGAGAGAAGGAGCGGAUUCGCUUACAAGACGAUCUCUCGAGGAACUUGAGCUUGCUGCAUUCUCAGCAGGAAUCUUUCGCUGCGCUGCGUUUAAAUCUCGUGGAAGCGAUCGAGGAGUCUCGCAGUAAUAGCGCAAUUCUCAAUCGAAGAUUGAGCGAUCUGGAGACGGCCACCGACAAUCUGCAGCACUGCAACGGUCUGAGCUUUCGACGGAUCUCCGAACAACUGAGAUUGCUCGAGGGAGAAUUGACGGAUGAGCAAAGCAAGCACAGAGGUGUACCGAAUGAUUGGCUGAAAGAAUUGAAAGACCUGAAAACGUUCGUUGCCAAAGAGAGCAUACGUACGAGCGAUAUAUGGCAGGAACAUCUGCGGCGCCUCAACGACUUGAAACUUGAAUUGGAAAUGAGAUGCAAAGACUCGGGAGAAUUAACGUCUAAGCACGAUAUCCUCUCGGAGAAGAUAGAUAGCUUGUUGGAAGGGAUUCACAAGCAUUACGAGAUCACGGCCAGACAAAAAUCGGAUAUUAAAGGCCUGAAGUUCCAAAUGAAGGAAAAUCUGAAGUACGUCGAGGAAUUGAUCGCGGAUAAUUGCGAACCGGCGUCCCUGCCGAACUCGUGCUCCUGCGCUCCGGAAAGCGUAGAAUGCGCCUCGACCAAUGGCCGUAUCAUAUGGCGAAUCGAUCGUUAUAAAGAGAAGAUGAGCGAAGCGAAGAAAAACGAUUGCGCACUUUACAGUCCGAUAUUUUACGAUAAAGAGUACGGCUACACCUUGAGAAUGGAGCUAUUCUUGAAUGGUAAAGGACAAUGGAAGGACCGUCACAUUAUCGGAUGCCUGCGCGUGGAAAAUGGGAAAUGGGAUCCGUUGUUGGAUUGGCCCUGCAUACUCAGAGCUGCCGUGAUUCUUCGGGAUCAGGACAAUCCCGCUAACGACCUUAAAAAGAUCGUGAAGACAGUAGGCCAUGACAAGAAUGACUCGGACGAGUUGAACAAAGAGUCCGGCUUAUACAUGUUUAUUCCCCAUACCACACUGAGCAGAUAUUCCGGUUACACGAAAAAGAACGUGCUCUUUUUGGACGUACAAGUGAAGGAUGCGAGGAUGAGCGCUUCAACGGCAUCAUUAGUAGCUCAAUAAUUUUAACACUUCAAUUCAAUAAUGACAAAUCUAAUGAGAUAAUAAUAAAUGGUAAUAAUUUUAGCUGGGAAAAUACUGAUGAUACUUCUCACGAUAAUAAAAAAUUGCAAUAAUUUUAUACGUAUGA